UAUUUCCAAAAUAACAGGAGUGGCUGACCUUAUCCUGGUUUAAAAAAAAGACGUGGUUGUUCCGUGGGUUGGUCUGUCACGAGUAGACUACGUAUACAAACUAGACUAGACACAUUUCCGUAUUACGUCAUGUAAAUACUAUGAUAAAUAUGGCUCGCAGUCUAUUUCUGAGGACAUAUUCACAACAGAGCCUAGACCUGGAAGCGUCCCCAUGAUGUCAAGUUCAAGCAAACUGAAACUGGUGGAAUUCUUUUAUGAUGUCAUAUCACCUUACUCAUGGCUGGCAUUUGAGGUGUUCUGUCGGUACAGGAACGUAUGGGACAUCAAUCUGAAGUUGCGACCUGCUCUUCUGGGUGGAGUCUACAGAGGUUCCGGUAACAGGAGUCCUGACGACGUUCCGAGGAAGUACCACUAUAUGGGGAUGGAUCUCCUCCGCCUGGGCUCCUACGCUGCAGUUCCCCUCAGAGCUCCUACUCAGCCUGUUCACGCUUUGAUGGCCAAAGGUUCUCUUGCAGCCAUGCGCUUUGUGACGGCGGUGGGGGAGAUGGAGACAGAUGGUGAUGAUAAGGUGGAGAAGGUGUCCAGGGAGCUGUGGAAGAGAAUCUGGAGUAAAGACCAAGACAUCUCCCAGCUUGCUUCACUCGCAGAGGUGGGUCGACAGGCAGGACUAUCUGCCAAAAAGGUAGAAGAACUACUUGAACUCUCCCAGGAUAGUGCAAUCAAGCACAAACUGCGGGACACUACUCAAGAAGCCCUUGAUUAUGGGGGAUUUGGGUUUCCCUUGACAGUCUGUCAUGUAGAUGGAGAGGCCAAAAUCUUCUUUGGAUCAGACAGAUUUGAAAUCAUGGCUCACUGUCUCGGUGAAAAAUGGGUGGGACCACAGCCUGUCCAAGAAGCCAUUAUGAAAGCUACCAUGGCCAGCUGAGUUUUUCUUUAUGGACAUAAUGACUUUUGAAUCUCUUUUGAAAGUUUGUUAUUGGGCCACUCGGCCUUCCCUACCUCACCUUAGCCUCAAAAGCACCUUUCCAUUGCAGUAUUUUAUAUUUGCACGCAAUUUAUGUAAAUAUUUAUGUAUAUAUAUAUAUAUAUAUAACAAUGUAAUUAAAGUCAUUUAUUUUCUAAA